CCUGAUCUCAACCUCGACUCACCGAUGCACCCUACAGUCAAUAUGGACAAGCAGCAACAACAACAGCAGCAGCAGCCACAGCAACCACAGCAGCAACAAGCGCCGGCCAGACAGACUGGAAAAAAGCGACGAAACCCGGAUUCCAACGACGACGAUGCGGCAGGUUCGUCUGGGCAGAGGCGGCUGAGGCGGUCGCAUGAAGCUUGUGCACGCUGCAGGAGCAAGAAAAUUAAGUGCGACUCAAAACAUCCCAAGUGCACCGCUUGCGCUACUGCUGGCGUAGCAUGUCAACAAGAAGACCGACACAGACAGGUUCUCCAACCAAGGGGCCACGUCGAACACCUUGAACACCGUCUCAUCCAGUGUGAGGCCCUCCUCAAGCGUCGCAUCCCUGAAUUCGAUAUACAUAACGUAGACGAAUUCUGCCAUCGAGAGGGCAUCGAGGUCAACGGCCCUCCCCCUCCAGAUGCCACUGGCGUGUACCCUCCCUGGAUGGGCGCUCAAGCUGGUCCACCUUUCCCACAACAUCCCAAUGGCGGUCCUCCCCCGGCAAACCAUCAAAUGCCCAAAGGUCCCUACGGUCACCCCAUGAUGACCGCCGGAUAUCCUAUGAUGCACAUGCCUUAUCCUCCUCCACCUCCAGGGUCCCCGUACCCGCACAUGCAUAUGCCCAUGCAGGGUCCCCCGGGCCCAUAUCCCCCUCCCAUUCAUCCAGGCUUUCCACCGCCCGGCCCGCCGCCAGCACAAGCCGCUCCGCCCCCUGGUCCAACUCAAGCACCCGUUCCUGCGCAGCCACCGCUUGCUGACGUCAAGGGACAGGACCCUCCUACAUGGGACCUGGCAAACCCGCAGGGCCUCGCCAAGGGCUUCGGCGUAAACCCUAACAUUAUCAACGAGACCCAACUAAGUUCUCAUCAUGAUGCAGAGGAUCUCUCUGUAGGUUCCGACGGGCUGUCUUCGGGCCGUGACCGCCACCUCGCUUUGUCAUCGAUUCCUCGAGACUCGAACAAGUGGCUUACUGUUACUAUUGGGCGUCCGGCCACUGGUACACACCCUUCUGCUCCCACCCCCGCAAUUUGGUUACCUAAAGACCGCACAAUGCUUGACAAGAUUGUGGACAACUACUUUACUCGCUUGAAUAUCCACCGACCUCUUUUCUUCAGGGAAGACUUCGAGCGGAGACUUAAGGCAGUGUACGAUGGCGAAGCUGGCUCAUAUGAUCCGGGCUUUAUCUGUAGCAUGUACUUGAUCCUGGCUCUCGGGACACUCAGUGAACUUAACCAUCGUGCUUGCGCAAUAUCGCCAGAGAAGGACAAGAGCGAACCGGAUGACUCCUCCCCUAUCAUAGCGCGCAAGACACUUGGACCUGAUUGGCCAGACCAUGAGGAGUUGUUUGACCGUGCCUUGGUAGUCAAGCCCGCGCUUCGAGUGUCACUUUCGAGUCUUCAAGCUCUCAUAUUACUGCACUGGUAUCUCUACACUGAGCGACAAGGACGUUCGCUUUGGCGCCUAGUAGGCAGCUUGGUUCGCCUAGCCGUCGAGCUUAAUUUACAUCACGACCCGCUGCAAAACAAAUCGUUCACCGAGGAAGAAGCGCAGCUCAGGAUCCGCCUUUGGGGUAUCGUCAUGGUGCAUGACCGUGGAACAUCCAUUCUUCUUGGGCGUCCUCUCGCUAUUGCUCCUAGUGAUCAGAACACGCCACCGUCGACUAGGAGUGAACCUGGCGAUUUCUCAGACCAUUUCUUAUACUCUCACCCCAUUGCUGAGAUUCAGGCCGAUAUCAUCAAUUCAUUAUAUGCACCAACGCGACAGACGACGGACACGGUCAUGACGCAUGCUUCUAGGAUCAUCAAGCGUAUGGUCGGCUUCAGGCGUCAACUUCCAGAACAAUACAAGUUCUAUUUCGGCGGUACUGAGGAAUGGCCGUUGAUUGAACGCCAGAAACUCGUGCAUAAUAUCACUGCUGACGAAGGUCUCACCCUCCUCAAGUUCGGUAUUGCUCGGAUUCUUUUGUUGCGAGCUUUAUUCAGUCUUAGAGACCUGGAAUACAACCACCGUUAUAGGGCAUUGGUGGAUGCAAUUGUGACGUCUCACAAUAUCAUCAUUAUCCACAAUCAACUCAUUCAAUUCCCCGACAUCGCGUUCUUUGUCUCACCAAUCCCACUUCACAUCGCCGCAAUGGUUAUUCUAUACGGGCACAUGUCGCAUUGUGAACGGCUUUCGCGGCAGGUGAUGAUUGAGGAUGUCUGGAUGGCUCUCGAUAUGCUUCCUCGUUUCCGCUGGCGCUGGGACCGGAAGGACAUGAACGGCGUUCACCCAUUGAUCUCGAAACUUGCAGAGAUGGUACUUGAAGUCAAUUUACGCAGCGUUGAGCCGCCAAAGGACCCCGUACUUCUGUCGGAACUCGACUGGGACGAAGGAAUGCUAUCUUCGCCGUCCAUGGCACCCCAGUCCAUGCAUACUCAGAACACGCCACCCAUGCCUCCUACUUUCAAGGUUGAAUCAAGUCCAUACGCUCCACAGCCUCAACCAGGUUCGCAGGGCGGAACCCCCGGCAAGCCGAUGCCUGGAACACCCACCCUCCCGGGAGGUGGGGAGCGACUUGCAGAAAUUCCCGCGAACUUGUUUUACCCAUUCUACCCGGAAAAUCCUAUGGGUUCAAUCGGACCCAAUCAGUCUUCAAGUGCCUCUAGUACGCUCUCAAACGGCGAAAACAACGGAGGCAGCCAUGACUAUCAGCAACUGUUGGCUGCUGCUGCUGCACAACAAGAAGCCGGCUUCAGGUACCCACCGGAAGCGUACAUGCUGGAGGAGAGUACCUAUGACCCGUCUCAGUGGGACAAUAACGGAGAACGCAACGCGUAAUGAAGUCUGCGCGUUCAAUGAAGGUGUUUUGUUUGAGGGCUUCUUUUCACGUGGUUUAUCUGCUUUUGCUUCAAAUUGCUUGCUAUUUCAUCCAUCGUUUAUUCGCGUUUAUGCCUUAUGCCCUUUGCGCCUGUUCCCCCUUGUUGCGACGAGUUGUUUGCAUGCGAUCUUCCAUAUGCCGUGUCCUAUAGUAGCUGUACGAUGUAGCCUGGCGUAUAAAUAUAUCUAAUACGAAGGUUGGAAAGUGAGAUGAGCC